GGAGAGAGCAUGGUAUACAAAAAAGUUGCUGUGGUGGAAAAUUUCUAUGAUAUUAUUUAUGGGGUUCAUGUCGAAAUGGACGGCAGAGGAGGAAAACAUGCUGGCCAAAAAAGAACGUAUAAAGCGAUAGCAGAGAUGUAUUCUUUUCUUCCCCGCGAAGCUGUGACCCAUUUCCUGAUGUCUUGUACGGACUGUCAGAAGCGAAUGCAUCUGGGCGCUGAGCAAGCGCCGACGCAGCAACAGCAGAAGACAGCGACGGGUCACCAUGACAACGAGCAGCAGAUCGACGCAGAAAGCCUCAGCUCUCUCGACACGACGGCCGGGGACGACGUCGACUCCUUGCACAUCGACUACAGCCUGCCGAUCACGACUACGUACCUCAAACACAUGAGAAGUCUUGGCUACUCCGAAGAAGAUGCUCUCAAUCCAGAUAGAGAGGAUUCUGAGGACAUUGAAAGUGAGAUCAGUGAAGAACCCAACACGCCUCUCAAUCCGGCAACCAGUGGCCAGCUUUAUGAUAUCUCAAUUAAAGAUGAGGCUGGUAUCGACAGUCCAGUAAGUCAACCCGUGGGGCCUUCCAAAAGACGAGCUGGAGCAAGGCAAGGGAAGCACGAACGUUCAUUAGCUUGGCCACAAGAGCCUAUGAGCGAAGAACCCAUCAAUAUGAUUAAAGGAGAUUUCCCCAAUAAUCACCAUGACCACGCUUAUGAAAGAAUUGCAAGCCCUUGCAAUGGCUGCACGAAACGGGAAGCAUCCAGUACUCCGGAUAACCUUUCAGCAGGAACUAAAGAUGAAGAUGAUGAUGACGAUGACGACGACACGGAUAAAAUUGACAUAAAUAAAUAUGAUCCCGAAAGGCUGAAAGCUUUUAACAUGUUCGUCCGAUUGUUUGUUGACGAGAACUUGGAUAGGAUGGUGCCAAUUUCUCGCCAACCGAAAGACAAGAUUCAAGCCAUCAUCGAUUCAUGUGCUCGUCAGUUUCCGGAAUUUGGCGAAAGAGCUCGAAAACGAAUACGAACCUACCUCAAGUCCUGCAGGCGAAAUAAAAGAACACGAGAAAAUUGCAACUGGGAACUUGGGGGACGAAACACUCAACCUCAUCUAACAUCAGCUCUUGCAGAGCAAAUUUUAGCACUUGCAUGUGAAAACGAAAGCCAAAAUGCUAAAAGAAUGCGCUUGGGACUAAAGCCAAUUUCUGCUGAACUAGAUCGCAACAGAUCGGAAACGCCAAUUUCUCGGAGCCCUCAGCACGAUAAUAUUUUGCAAAACACUUUGCGACACGGUAAGCCUCAAGCCUCCACGGUGCUCAAUGGUGCGCAGAAUUCAUCAUUCCAUUCAGUUUAUCGCCUGCCAACUUCAUCAACAAAUGGUCAUUCAAGCUCCAUCACUAAUUCCAGUAACGGUCCAACUGACUUGAGUAUGAAAAAGAACAACAGCCCAAACAGUACCGCCAAACAUUCCUUAAACCCUAGUGAAGUGAUUGCAGUGAAGCAGUUAAUAGCAGGAUACCGGGAAUCUGCUUCUUUUCUGCUAAGAUCUGCGGAUGAGUUGGAGCAGUUAUUACUUCAACAAAACUGA